GGAGGAAGGGGGGGCCGAGAGAGCACGAAGUGAGUGAGUGGAAAAAGAAAAAGUCUGUGCCGGAGAAAGAAAGGGGCAGAGAAAGAAAAGAAAGAAAGAAGAGUUUUUGUUCUCUUUCAGAAGCGCCGCUGUUUUGACUGUCGGUGUGGAUGAUGAUGAUGUGGAGGAGGAAUCGACCAUGCGACAUCGUUGCAACAAACGGGAUGAAUUUUUAGUCUCGUCGCAUUCCGCUGCUCCUCCAGCACCGACCGACGGCAGCAGGGCUCCUCCAAACUUCGACCUGCGCCAUUCAGACCCGGGCGACUGGAUUUCCCCCCGGAGGCUCGGGGCAACUUUUCACAUCAGACGCCGCUCACUUUUAAACAAAUAACCCCGGCGAGAAAACUUUUUUUCCACACACGCCGAUGUGUCCAAAUAAAACGCAGAAGCUUUUGUGAAGUUAUCGGACUAUUUUUUACAACUUAAAAAUCACAUAUUUGACUGUUUUCUAACGAGCCACUUGUGAGAACAACACCGGAGGAAGGAGUGGGGUGUCACUGCUAACUUCGCUAGCUAACUUGGCUAAGCUAACUAACGUCUAAAGUUACGAGUCGACGGGGGAAAGUGACUGAAGCGGCGCACCGAAGACGGCAGCAAAGAUGAAAACCCCGGCAGACACGGGGUUUGCCUUCCCGGAUUGGGCCUACAAGCCGGAGUCGAGCCCGGGCUCCAGACAGAUCCAGCUGUGGCACUUCAUCCUUGAGCUGCUGAGGAAAGAGGAGUACCACGAUGUCAUCGCCUGGCAGGGAGACUAUGGAGAGUUUGUCAUCAAGGACCCAGACGAGGUGGCCCGCUUGUGGGGGGCGAGGAAGUGUAAACCACAGAUGAACUACGACAAGCUCAGCCGAGCACUAAGAUAUUACUAUAACAAGAGAAUCCUCCACAAGACCAAAGGGAAGAGGUUCACCUACAAGUUCAACUUCAACAAACUCGUGCUGGUCAACUACCCCUUCAUCGAUAUGGGCUCAGGUCGAGUCCCUCAGAGUGCCCCUCCGGUCCCAUCGGGAGGCAGCCACUUUCGUUUCCCUCCCUCCACGCCGUCAGAAGUCCUCUCCUCCAGCGAGGAGCUGCGCAGCCCGGGCAUGUUCAGCAGUGUGGCUCGCCGCAUGGCCCGCGGCUCUGUGAGCGACUGCAGCGAUGGCACCUCCACCAACUCUGAGCUGGAGGAGGCUGUGGGGACCGAUGAGCGAGGCGUCGGUCCUGAGAGGGCUUACAGGGGCCUGCUUCCUCCCCGUCUGCCUCACGAUUCUCUCUUCAGGGUCUACGGCGGAGCCCCAAACCCAGCUGGGCUCGCCAGGCACGGCCCCAGGGUCCACCCAGAUCCUCUGUCUCCAUUCCCUGUGUCCCCGCUGCCCGGCCCCGGAGGUCUCUUGGCGCCGACUCUGUCCCCAGCCCUGUCCAUGACCCCGACCCCCCACCUGUCCUACACCCCGUCCCCCUCCCUGUCCUCUCCGAUGUUGGGCUCCCACUUCUCCUUCAACCCGGAGGACAUGAAGCACUACCUGCAGGCCCAUACCCAGUCCGUCUACAACUACCACCUCAGCCCCCGAGCCUUCCUCCACUACCCCAACAUCAUCAUCCCUCAGCCGCACCGCCCCACCCCGGAGAAGCCCGCAGCCCACCACCUCCACGGCCCGCCCCUGCCGCUCUCUCAUUCGCUCAGCCAGCAGCCGGGAGGCGGAGAGGAGGGGCAGCAGCACCCGUCACCGUUCAAGUUCAAGCUGCAGCCGCCACCACUCGGGCGCAAACAGAGAGAUUCUGGGAGUUCAUUGGCUGCUGCUUCCUCCUCCUCUUCCUCCAGUCAGUCCUCCUCUUUCACAGGGUCUAGUCAGAUAAUCAACUCUGCAUUGGCUGCAGGGCCUCCCAAAAUCAAGGUGGAGCCGAUAUCAGACAUCGAGUCAGAGGAAGAGGUGGAGGUGACUGACAUCAGUGAGGAAGAUGAGCUGAAUCACAUUGACGAGGAUGAUGAAGGUGACAUCUUCACCCCGACAGCUCGUCACCAUCUUCAUCAGCACAACAACCAUCACCAAGCUAACGGCAACGGGAGCAGCCUCUCCGCCCCGCCGCACAUUAACCCCGACGACGACCCCGAUGAUGACGAGGAGGUGUUCAAAACUCCUGCCACUCCUCCUAUCGGCAGCGGCGGUCUGGCUUUCCCUCUCAUCAACCUGAAGAGCGAGCCGGGUCAGGCGGCUCCCAUCAGCCCCGGAGGCACGCGCUGCAUCCCGCUCAAACUCCGCUUCAAACGCCGCUGGAGCGAAGACCAGAAGAUGGAGGCGGACGGAGAGAGGGACGAGGCGGAGGAUAAGAAAGUGAGGGCAGAGGGAGAGGAGGAGUCGGAGGGGAAGAGAGAGGAGGCUGGCAGGAGAGGGGGGGAGGUGGAGAACGGGGGAGGAAGAGGAGUAGCAGGUGGAGUUGUUUUGGGGUUGAUGCUGCCCCCGCCUCCCACCCAGCGCAGGGCGAGCUCGGAGCUGCAGAGGGCUACGGCGCAGCUGUCUCUGGAAAACACUGGCUGCUGAGCUUCACGCACAAACAAACACACACACACACACACACACACACACACACACAGACACACACACACACACACACACACACACACACACACACUCAGAGGAAAUGGCAUCACAAAACCUCAGAGCAGAGCGGAGAGAGAGGGACUUCCCAUAACCUGACUCGCUCAUUCUGCUCGGGGUGUACGUGCACGUGUGUGUGUGUGUGUGGAUGUGGAUGUGUGGUUUCUAUGGUUAUGCUGUACAAACACACACACACACACACACACAAACUAUCACACACAGCUUAGAAAAGACCGGCGAUGUGACGUCUCUGCUCGGGUUAUUUAGUCCCAGUUUUCUUGUCCAGAUUGUCCAACCAGCUCCAGUCGUUUCAUUUUAAAAACUUUUCUUCGCCCGACACAAAAAAAACUCACGUCUGUCGUUCUUUGUUUAAAAUGUUUAAC